AUGAGCGAGGACGACGCCGAGUCGCUGUUCGGCUCGCCGCCGCCGUCGCCGCCGAGCGCGACGCUCGACCUCGCGCUGCCCACGGGGGGCGCCACGACAGAAAAUGUGGGGACCAUUGCACUUCCUGGCUCCCGUGCACGUUCUGAACACACAGUCGUCCCGCCAGUCUCACGUCUGAGCGGUGCGCAUCCAACGCACCCUCGAUCGCAUUCGCAACAGCAGCAGCAGCAGCAGCAGCAAGCAGGUGCGCAUACGUCCUGGUCGGCGUCGCCCAUCCCGGCGUAUCCGCGUUCAUCGUCGACUCCGACACCGACGCCAUCGUCUCGAACGUCUUCGCCGUACCCAGUAACAACGCCCGAGACGACGACCACCUUGACGUCAGGCCUUGCCUCAAUUCCCGCCUCCGACUCCUUCGAGCGCCGCAAACGCCGCAAAGUCGAGGUGUCGCCAACUAGGACAGCCACCGCGCCACCUGCGCGCCCGCAACCGCCGCCGAUACCACUGCCAGCCCCUGGAGAACGUGCCCCGGCAAACUUUCUGCGCAACCAAGCCGCGCUCCUUGGUGUGGCGGGCCUCGUGGGCGGGCUCAAGCCGUCUAGGUUGACGACCGGCACCAACAAGGGGAAAGGCAGGGAACGGGAGAACGGGAGGGGAUCGGGUUUCGCGACAACGACAACGCCGGCUAGGAGAGGGUCCACUCCAAACGAUCCGAUCGUCGUCGAUGGUGACGACGACGACGCCGUCGCCGUCGCCGACCCUUCACAUCCGAAAUCGGCAGUCCCAGGGUCGAUACCGGGAACAGCCCCCGAUAAAGAUAUCAUUGCGAAUCUGGCCCGGAACCAGAACUUCUAUCCGGUCCUGCAAUCCAUAUUGAACUUCAUCGCCUCUGCCGGUGGAGCUUCAGCGGCUUCUGCUCCCGCUUCUACUCCUGCACCUGCGCCCGCAUUUGUUCCUGCACCACCAACCACGUCCGCCCCCCCUCCGUCCACCUUGUCUCCCCAAUCCGUCCAAACCGAUCCCCAACCCGCAUUGCAAUCACAACCUCGUCCAUCUCCCUCGCCCUACUACCGCGACACAGCGCUACCUGCUUCUCCUCCGAAGCUGCCUUCCACCUCGCACUACCGCACCCGUUCCAAGCCGACCACGCAAAUCGAAGAGCAGAAGCGGGGGUGGGAGAUCACGCUCAAGCUAGCAGCCAUGAUUCAGGAUGCGGCGAUCAAGGCCGCCGCUGCGCGGUCGACAAGCGGCGGGACGGCGCACCCCUCUCCUAGCCGCGAGUCGUCCAUCUCCGCACCGAUAUCCGUGGAUGCGACGGCGCAGGUUCCACCGACUUCCAAAGGCCAUUCUGCUGAACAACCCAUCUCAUCGUCUUCUUCGAUCGCCUUCGUCGAUCCGCCUAUGCAAAUGGAUGUCGAUGAGAUUCUGCCUUCCUGCGCAGACGACACGGGGAGCGGCUGGACAUUCGAUGCGAACACUAUCAACGACGACACCACGGUCGACUGGAUGGCCCUGCUGGAUGGUCACUCCGCCGGCAUCGGCGAGCUAUCGUUGGCCCAGCUGGGUAUCCAAGAACUCGAUUUCUCGCUCGGAUCCUCGACACAGCUAUCCUCAGAAAGCACCGAUGAUAUGGUUGCAGAUGUCCUGGCCGCCGCUGCUGCCUCCGGUACCGAGGCAUCGCCCUCUGCGUCGGACAUGGAAGCCAUGGCUGCCGCGAUCGAUCCCACCCUUCUAGCCAUCUCGGGUGCGGGCGCGGAAAAUCAUCAGACGAGCCUGCAGCCCAACGUCGCCACUGCCCCAUCGGACGUGGACGCCACCUUCGACUUCUCCCCUACCGCUCCCGCCUCAGAGUAUGCGGGCUUCAACAUGGACACCGCAAUGGACCUGGAUCUCUGCGCCCUCCUUGCAGUAUCGGAGACGUCGGGAAGCAGCGUUGCCUCGCCGGGCGGGCCGCCCACACCACUAUCCGCCGCCGGCGAGGGCGCGAACUCUACCCCGUGCGUGUUCACGCCCUCCACUUCCACGACCGAUGUCAACUACCAAGGUCUCAAUGCACAACAAGGCCACCAUCAGGCCCCGAUGGGGAGCAACCAAGGUACGCACGUCGUGGAGCUGCGCCGGCGAAUCGUCGCUCAUCAGGGCUUCAUCGACCUCGCAGCGGACGAUCCGAUAGCUGCCGCCGCGAUCCUCAUGCAGCUCGCUUCCAUGGCCUCCCUUCCUGCGCGGGACGAAUCCACUGGACCUGCAGUGCCCGGUCCGGUUACCAAGCCCGCCGUCGUCGCUGGGGUAGCGCCUGCGUUCGCCGCGUCCAGCUUUACCGCGCCCACCUUCACGGUACCCUCGACUUCCACGGUACACGCAACGUCCGCACAGCCCGCCGCUGCGCCUGUCGCCAAGCGUCAGGCCGCCGGCCCCGGCCGACCCGCGCACGACCCGCAAAAGGCGAAAGACGCGAUCGCCCGCGCGAAGGAGCGUCGGGCGCAGCUGGCGGAAGAGCUCAAACGGGCGCGGGUCGAGCUUUGGGAGACGACGAUCGAACAAGGUGUCUUACUGAACCUUGCGAAGGAGAUGGGGGCAGGGCAGGGCUUCGGGAUGUCGGUGCCCUUCCGGAGUUCGUGA